AUGAGUAGUAAUACUAAAAGAAUAAAGUUUGUCUCGAUAUCCGUUCCGGUAAUCUAUGGUAACAAUGCAGUUCGUUUGAGUCCCGAGAAAAGAAAGCCUAAUACCCCACCAGAUCACACUCACGAAUGGACAGUAUUUUUCAAGCCUGUUCUCAACAACAUCGAUUUGACACCUUUGAUAAAGAAAGUCACCUUUAAAUUGCAUGAGACGUAUGAGAAUGCAGUACGAUCAGUGGAAAAGCCUCCCUAUCAAGUAACAGAAACCGGAUGGGGUGAAUUUGAGAUUAUUAUCAAGAUUCAUUUUCACACGGGCCUGGAGUUGGGAAUAAGCGAAAAGAACUUCCAGAUAUUUCAUGGGCUUAAAUUGCAUCCAUUCAACCCCCAGCAACCGUUAAAGGAGAAUGGAGAGGUCAAUUCAAUACUUUAUGACGAGCUUGUAUUCCAGGAGCCAACCGAAAAGGUAUUUGAAAUGUUGACAAGAAAACCUGUUAAUCUAUUGCCUUAUUCUUUAUCAAACCCAAAUAAUAGAGACCAGGAGUUUAUACGAACUGAUGAGACUGAUGAAUUAGCGCGGUUAGAAGUUUACAUUAAGAAGAUUAAAGACGAAAUCGAACAUCAACAUAAUGGGUACAAGGACUUAGAACAAGAAAAGUUAGCACUACUUCAGUGA